AUGGUGAGAGGCCCCUUCUAUGACAAAAAUGGACUUAAGAAAGGUGCAUGGACUCCAGAAGAAGAUGAUAAGCUAAGAAGUUUUAUUCAUAGACAUGGCCACUCAAAUUGGUGCAAACUUCCCAGGCUCGCAGGUUUAUCAAGGUGUGGCAAGAGUUGUAGGCUGCGAUGGGUGAAUUACCUCCAACCUGGUGUAAAACGUGGAAACUUCACCAAAGAAGAAGAGGAUUUAAUCUUCAAGUUGCAUGAAGAAGCUGGAAACAAGUGGUCUAUGAUUGCCAAAAAUUUAUCCGGACGAACAGACAAUGAGAUAAAGAACCAUUGGCACACGCACCUAAAGAAGCAUGAAAAGAAAAUUCCAAAAACUUCCCAACGCAAAGCCAAGAAAAUCAAAGAAUCAGAAAGUGAUAGUCUUCGUGCCAGUUGUUCUCCUAACCAAAGCUUAGAGAGCUCUCCACUGACCACGGAACUUUCUUCCUCUAAAUUAUCCUCUUUGAGCUGUGACAAUUCAACUGUCACUGGCACAAAUUGGACUGAAGAAGAUAGUCUUUCUUCUUUGGAAACAUCACAAAAUUCCUUUGAAAACAUUCACUUGAAGAAAUAUUCAAAGAAAACGCUCAAAACUGAAAGCCUUCAUGCCAAUGAUCCCUUCCACCAUAUCUUAGAAAGCUCUCCAUUGUCCCCAGAAGUAUCUUUUGCAAAAUUCUCCUCUUUGGGCAGUGAUCAUUCAUCCAUACCUGGCAUAACUUGGAUUGAGGAAGACGUUCUUGCUUCGUUCGAAACAUUUGACGCAGCCUUUGGAGACUUUUGGACUGAACCAUUUGUAGCAGACAACAUGCAUAUCCCAGAUGAGUUUCCAAUAUCAUCAUAUAUUUCAUACUACGAUGAUGGCACAGAUUUGUUUGACCAAGUGAUGCAGGAAUUUCCAAAGAAUUAA